CUCACAAACGAAAGAGAAGCUGAAAACCAUGUUUGCCACUCAUGGAACUCCUAGAUAUCUUGAAAGUGACAAUGGACCACCAUUCCAAUCCAAAGAAUUUGCCGAAUUUGCGAGGACCGAAGGAUUCCAACAUCAUCGGGUUACCCCAGGACAUGCACGAGCAAAUGGUGAAGCGGAAAGUUUCAUGAAACUUCUGAACAAGACAGAGAAGAUCGCACACUUACAAGGUCAGAGUAGUACCAUAGCAAUUCAAGAAAUGCUGACUGGAUUUCGAUCGACACCACAUCCAGCCACCGGUGCAACACCUUAUGAAGCAAUGAUGAAUAGACUAGUGAGGACCAAAUUGGACCAUCAAGCCAGUUCAUCAGAUCCUAAAAAUUCAGAGGAUGCUACAAUUAACAGGAAGGAUGGGGCAUACAAAGAAAAGAUGACCCGCACAGCUCACAAAAGAAACGUUAAAGAGCAUAACUUCAUUGUUGGUGACCAUGUUCUCCUGAAACAGAAGAAGACAAAUAAGUGGUCAACAGCAUACGAGCCAGCAAUCUAUAUCGUAACUCGUGUUAAUGGAUCAAGCAUUGCAGCUAGACGGAUUAAAGAUGGUCGAGAAGUCUAUCGCGACGCCAGCCAGUACAAGCUUGUGAACAUGUUAGUCCGUGGAAAUGAACAUCGAGGACGAACAGAUGAAGAAGAAAUAAUUUCAGAGAAUGAGAGAGAAACCCUGAUGAAGAAUUUUGGCGAAAAUGAAACAGAGUAUCAAGAGCACACAGAGAGUGACGCAAGUACCAACAAAGGAGAAGAAACUAGAAACACCCCAGGAAUGGAAAUUCAACAGGCUGAAACUCAACAAGAUGAUAAACCACAACCUGAAUUACCACCACCUGAGAAACUACAACCACUAAGAAGAUCAACGAGGAACAGAAAAAAACCAUUAUAUUUGACAGACUACAUAACGUGA